UGUAUAUAACAGCGGAAUCUGCUCUCUGCACAGCAUAUAUCCUCUGCAGUGAGCAUUUGCAGCGUUGCGCAGAUAAUGGACAGGGGCUCUUCGGGUGAUGGUCAGAUAAAUGUUGCUGUUGAACGGGAACAGCGGUAAAAUGCUGCCGUGGAAGAAGAACAAGUUCGAUCUGAUCGAGGAAGACAAGCAGUCCAAGCAGAAGGGCUAUGCGGUGAGCCUCAACUACUCCGCGCUCACCUCCUUCGCCAAGUCCUGCCCCGAGAGCGCUCUCAACCGGGUGGGCAGCAUGUUCAAGUCCAAGCGGAAAAAGGUGAAGAUCACCAGCGAGGACCCCACGUACACGGUGCUGUAUCUGGGCAACGCCACCACCAUCCAGUCGAAGGGGGACGGCUGCACGGACAUGGCGGUGAGCAAGAUCUGGGGCAAGAGCGAGAUGGGCAAGAACGGCACCAAGAUGCGGCUGACCGUCAGCUCGCAGGGAAUCCGGAUGGUGCAUGUGGACGAUAAAGCCAAGAGGCCGGGACACCUGUACCUGCUGCACCGCAUCACCUACUGCGUGGCGGACCCGCGGCUCCCCAAGAUCUUCGCGUGGAUUUACAGGCACGAGAUGAAGCAUAAAGCGGUGAUGCUGCGCUGCCACGCCGUGCUGGUGUCCAAGCCGGAGAAAGCCAAGGCCAUGGCACUGCUGCUGUACCAGACCUCCGCCACGGCUCUGGCGGAGUUCAAGAGACUGAAGCGAAGGGAUGACGCCCGGCACCAGCAGCAGCAGCUCAUCGGGGACCAGACCAUCCCGCUGGUCCCGCUCAGGAAGCUGCUCAACGGACAGUGUUACUACAAGCCCCCGGUGGAGCGCAGCCGGAGUGCGCCCAAGCUGGGCUCCAUUACCGAGGAUCUGGUGGGAGAGGAAGAGGAGGAGAAAGCGAUGCACUUCGAGUGUGAAGACAUUUUAGACUCGGAUUGUGUCAACGAAAAACACGAGUUAACUCAGAUCAUUAAUGACUUGGGGGAAAUGAGCAUAGGGAACGACUUGCAGAGUCUAAAGGCUGACCUCAGGGUCACCAGACUUCUCUCUGGGGAGAGCACAGGGAGCGAGUCCUCUAUAGAAAGCAACCAGGAGCUCAGCAACGGGCUGGGGGAGGUCAAGGUGCUGGAAGUAGCCUGAAUGACUAUUGUCUGUGCCUCCCUGUGGCUUUGUUUUUCUGAGCCACAUUUUCUCCUUGAGCAACAUUUGUAGAGAUGCACCAAUCAGGCCUCUACCAGAUUCCAGUUUUGACCAGUUCAGAUUUUUCUGAGGAAAAAAGGUGCUGCAGGUUCAAACAGAUAAUAAUGGAAAUUAAAGAAUUAUUUGCAUUAUUGUGUUACUCUCUCACUCAUGUUCAUUAAAGUAUGAUGUUGCUUGAUGCCUUCAUAGGGAGUGGGAGUUUAUGGUUUUAAGCUGUUGUUUGCCUGCAUAUAAUUUAUGAUUCCAAUCAAAGGAUGGAUUGGUGCAUCUCUAAACAUUUGUGCUCUUUGUUGGGGAGCUUUUGUCUGAUAUGUGCCUCUACAACCAAAGGAGAGAAGCUCACUGUAGGUUUUGGAACUACUGCCACACACAAACUCCAAAUCAAGCUACUGAGUGACACUUUAAGAUGUUAUAAACACAGAAACAGUGGAAAAAUGCAUGCACACCUGAGAUUUGACCCCUAGUGUGUCUGAGGACGUCUGCACUAAAUCAUCCUCUUUUGUUUUAGAGGAUUUCUUGUUGCAGCGGGCUUUUGUUCACUUAAGGUUUAUUUCUCACUUGAAACAUUGUGAUCCAAAAAUUCUGCAUUCCAUUUUUUUUCCAUUUUCAGUGCUACUGUGGGUCUGAAUAAGUCCCUCCUCGUUUUCCUGUCAGGGCGCUUCUGUGACAUCCUGCUUUAUUUUUGCACUGUUGUACAUGUACAUAAUGUGUGCCGGUAUGUUGUCUCUGACAUAAAUGUCAUAUCUUUGCUGUGCAAAAGAGGAAAGAAACAUUUAUGUACUAAGUUGUAAAUUAUGUUUUAGCUAUUAAAAAAAUUGUAUUUUUUAAAAAAAUAUAUCAAAUGUGGUUUGAUAUGUGAACCUCAUGGAAUUCUCAAUAAAAAAGAAAACCUAAACCUGC